AUGGAAGAUAAUGGAAAAUAUGCAGUAUAUGUUUGUUUGGAUACUGGAGAUGUUGUGAAUAAUUAUACAAAAGAUCUAAGAAAGAGUAAUUUAACAUACAAAGGCUUCACCAAUGUAAGCUACACGUCAGAAAUUUCAGUUAAACUUGUUAGUUUUUAUAAUAAACUUAAAGAAAAUCGAGAAGAUAAAGAACCAGAAUAUUUUUAUAUCAAUGUCAAUCAACAAACCAAAGAUAAACUUUUAAGAAAAACUAUGGUGGCGAUUUAUAAAUUAGAUCCAAAACUUAAGAAUAGUGAUGUUAUACUUAUUGAUCGUGUAGAAGAUGACGAUCCAAAUACCAAUUCUUUACAUUUAUCAUACGAUCUUAUUAAACGAAGUAUUGUUAGUAAGGAACAAUACAAAGAUAAAAAUAUUAUUAUAAUUAGUAAUAAUUCAGCAAUACCAAAUAUUUUAAAAUAUAAAUUUUAUAGAUGGGCGAUUAAUAAUUUUAAAAAAGGAGUUGAUGUCAUUACUGAUGAAGAAUACGAUGGACUUUCAGAUACAGAGAGAAAUGAAAAAUUAUCUGAAUUUACAUAUAUUGAAGAUGCUGAUCUUUUAAAGGAAAUUUAUAAAUUCAUGGAAACUAAUAACAGUACCAUUGAUGGUUGUAUUUCGUUUAAAGAAGUUUCACAUAUUAUCGAUAAAGUUAGACAAAAGAUUAAUAGUAGUGAAA